AUGGCUCUGAAUUGCAGACCUUACUCAUUCUUAUGGGGCUGUGUGAAAGUGCAGCGUCAGAUAAAUUUACUGACACGAAGCUGUUGUCAUCACAUGGCAUGUAACCGUUCACCCCUGCCACAGAUGUCUGUGAGACAGUUGCAUGUUCUGCCUUGUGGAACAAGUAGACCAGUUCUGACUUCCCACACACCAGCAUUGUCAGUCUACAGGUUGUAUGCUAAAAAGGGAAAAGAAAAAGGUGGUAAAGGGCACAAAAAAAUGAUUUUGAGCCCAGAACAGCUGAGCGGAUUAGUGGAUAUGGAUGCAGUCAAUGAAGAAUUCACCCGCGUCUUAGAGGACUUGAAGGACAGGUUUAUUCACCAGUUAUCAGUCAGGACAUCUCAAGGUGUGUUUGAUAAUUUGGUAAUAAAGACCCCUGACGGAAACUUUCCUCUGAUCCAGCUGGGUCAGGUGAUUCAGAAAUCUGCACAAAUGUUGGCUAUAAACAUGACACCAAGUCCACAGUAUAUUACACAUGUCAAGACAGCUUUGGAAGAGUCAGGACUGAACAUCAACCCCCAACAAGAUGGCACCAGUUUGUUCAUUGCAUUGCCAAAAAUAACAAAAGAACACAGAGAGAACCUGGCAAAGAAUGCUAAGAUGUUGAGUGAGAAGUCCAAGAAACAUCUCAGGGACAUUUAUUCAAAGUACUCCAAACAAAUUAGAUCCUCCAAAGAAGGUCAUCCAGCAGACGUGGUUCAAGCAGCAGAUGAUAUGGUACAAGACUUGAUGCAUGACAUGAUACACAAAGUUGAGGAAAUGACAGCGGCCAAACAGCAAGAACUACUUGGUGGAAAAUAA